GGUAGAAAGCAGUUUAAUGCAAAAACAAAACACCCCCAUAGUUACCGUGUGCAACAAACGUCUGUGCAGGAUCUCAGUUAAUAGUCGCCGUAACUACUUGAGUGUUUACAGUCUCUGUUCCAGCUCAUACCGCCCCCAGGAAUCUCCCCAGAAUCACCUACGCAGAAUGGGCGUCCCUAGCCCCACGCCGCUGAGUUCGCUGCUGCUGCUGCUGCUAAUACUUGGAGCCAGGUGCUACGCCCGGCAGGUGCACGUCCCCAAGGGGCCUCUUUACCGUGUGGCUGGCACCGCUGUCUCUAUCUCCUGCAAUGUGAGUGACUAUGAGGGCCCUUCCCAGCAAGACUUCGAGUGGUUCAUGUACAGACCCGAGGCCCCAGCUACGUCACUAGGCAUCAUCAGCACCAAGGACAGCCAGUUCUCCUAUGCUGUCUUUGGGCCUCGAGUGGCAUCUGGUGACCUGCAGGUGCAGCGCCUGAAGGGGGACUCCGUGGUGCUCAAGAUUGCUCGCCUGCAGGCCCAGGACUCUGGCUUUUAUGAGUGCUACACCCCCUCUACGGAUACUCAGUACCUGGGCAACUACAGUGCCAAGGUGGAGCUGAGAGUUCUUCCAGAUGAGCUGCAGGUAUCUGCUGCCCCUCCAGGGCCCCGAGGACGCCAGGUGGCAACCUCCCCGUCACGCCUCACAGUACAUGAGGGGCAAGAGCUGGCGCUGGGCUGCCUGGCUCAGACCAAAACGAAGAAACACACACACCUGUCGGUGUCUUUUGGGAGAGCCAUUCCUGAGGCGCCAGUGGGGCGAGCCACCCUACAGGAAGUAGUGGGACUGCGCUCUGACAUGGCUGUGGAGGCCGGAGCUCCCUAUGCUGAGAGGCUGGUUGCCGGGGAGCUUCGGCUGAGCAAGGAAGGGACUGAUCGGUACCGCAUGGUGGUUGGGGGUGCCCAGGCUGGAGACUCCGGCACCUACCACUGCACUGCCGCUGAGUGGAUUCAAGAUCCUGAUGGCUCCUGGGUUCAGGUCGCAGAGAAGAGGGCAGUCCUGGCUCAUGUGGAUGUGCAGACACUGUCCAGCCAGCUAGCAGUGACAGUGGGACCUGGUGAACGGCGGAUUGGCCCAGGGGAACCCUUGGAACUGCUGUGUAAUGUGUCGGGGGCAUUGCCCCCAGCAGGCCGUCAUGCUGCAUACUCUGUGGGCUGGGAGAUGGCCCCUGCAGGGGCUCCAGGGCCUGGACGCCUGGUGGCCCAGCUGGACACAGAAGGUAUAGGCAGCCUGGGCCCUGGCUAUGAAGACAGGCACAUUGCCAUGGAGAAAGUAGCAUCCAGAACCUACCGACUACGGCUGGAGGCUGCCAGGCCCGCUGACGCGGGCACCUACCGCUGCCUCGCCAAAGCCUACGUUCGAGGCUCUGGGACCCGGCUUCGUGAAGCAGCCAGUGCUCGUUCCCGGCCUCUCCCGGUGCAUGUGAGAGAAGAAGGCGUGGUGCUAGAGGCCGUGGCGUGGCUAGCAGGGGGCACUGUGUACCGGGGAGAGACCGCCUCCCUGCUGUGUAACAUCUCUGUGCGGGGCGGCCCCCCGGGGCUGCGACUAGCAGCCAGCUGGUGGGUGGAGAGACCAGAGGAGGGCGAACUGAGCUCUGGUCCUGCUCAGCUUGUGGGUGGAGUGGGUCAGGACGGUGUGGCAGAGCUGGGAGUCCGGCCUGGAGGGAGUCCUGUCAGUGUGGAGCUGGUGGGACCCAGAAGUCAUCGGCUGAGACUGCACAGCUUGGGGCCCGAGGACGAAGGCAUAUACCACUGUGCGCCCAGCGCCUGGGUGCAGCACGCUGACUAUAGCUGGUACCAGGCAGGCAGUGCGCGCUCCGGGCCCGUCACGGUCUACCCCUACACGCAUGCUCUGGAUACCCUGUUUGUGCCCUUGUUGGUGGGUACAGGAGUCGCCCUAGUUACGGGAGCCAGCAUCCUCGCUACCAUCACCUGCUGUUUUAUGAAGAGGCUGAGGAAGCGGUGAUCUGUAGCACCCCAGAUAAGGGACGGAGGCCCAGAGAAUAUGUCUUGCUGAGAGUCCUAGAAGUAACCAGUGAACCUCGGCAUUGGUGUUAGAAAACAGGUCUCCUGUCUGUGCCCUGGACAGUGGGGCCCUGAGUGGUGGCGGCAUCUCGGUGACUUCCAGGAGCAGCUUCAAUGUCUCCAUUCCAGUGUUUUGUAUGUGGGUACCAAACACCCCACCCCUCUUGUCUCGACUCCAUGUUUUUCCCCCGAAUUCAAACCCUGCUUGCUCCCUGUGCUCAGGUUCAAUAUGUGUACGUGGGACGGACCUCAUCGCUGAGAGUGACCCAGCUGGCCCUGAAACCUGGGUCCAUUGCUGGACGGAAGGGGAGGGGCAACAGACAGCUUUGAGUCCUCUCUGAGUGGACCCAUGCUGAGAUGGGGACUGGGAGGGAGGCGCAGGGCCCCGUUGGAUGCCGGCUUCUUAGCCUGGGACAGAGCAGCAGACUUUUAUUCAAGGGCAGGGAUGGGUGUAGCCAGGGGUCCAAGGUUCGAACCAGUCCCAUCAGAGGACAUGUUCACUUGGGCUACACUUGGUUCCAGGGGGCCAGUCUCAGGUCCCUUGCCAUGCCUUGCCGUUGCUCUCACCUCACCAUCCCAGGAUGACUGAGACAAGACCAGUGACUGAGACAAGAUGCAGUGGAGAGGGGAUGUGAGUGUCUCCAGUGUGCCCUGUCCUGGGAGGACAGGUGGCAGACAGCAGACAACUGUAAAUAUAGGUUCCAUUUUCUCACCCAGUCAGUCUUGCCUUGUGAGUCUUAUAAGAGAGCCAGUCCUUUGUGGUAAAGCCCAUUCAGCUGCAGCUCCCUACUGCCUCCUCAGGAGUCCUUCUCUGUCUCUGUUGCCUUCUCGGGUGCUACUGGCCAGUUAUCAGUGAUGUUUCCGUUCUUGGACCCAAAGUUAAGCUCUUUAAGCCUGGGCCUGGGUCCUCGCUCCCCAACAUUCCCCUUCUUGUUUCUCUGUUCCUUAAGGGUCCUGGGCUUCUUUUCAGCGCCUUCCAGCUUCUCCUCUGCUUAGAUGCCUCAUCCAAGUGUAGCGCCCAGACAGACAGUGUCACCAUGAUCUGGGAACCUGCUAGGUCUGGGAACUAGCUAGACGUGCAGAUUUUUGGUUUCCGUCCCAGACCUAUUGAGUCAGAAUGCUGGGAGCAGGACCGGUAAUCUGUGUUUUAACAAGCCCAUCCCGCUGAGUAAAGCUUUGUAACUGCUGGCUCCCACCAUUCCCCCCUGCCUUACUCAAUCCUUAGCUUCCUGGUUGCUAAUGCCCUCCCUCACUUGUGGCUAUAACCGCUUGUGUGGGCUCCCAUUGUGAGCCCCACGUCCUUCAGUUGCUGUGGGUAUUUCUGACCUCCACCUGUGCUGUGCUCCAGUGUUAGGAACAGGUCUUUGAAUAUCACACCUGACACUUAGUCACUGUUCUGAAUGAGCCCCUGCCACUGUGCCCCAAGGAUAAACUACUUUCCCCAGGGAUUUGGGUUCCCUCAUAAAACCCCUUAUUAAGUCUCUCCCAUGGCCUUUUUUUUUUCCGGAGCUGGGGACCGAACCCAGGGCCUUGCGCUCGCUAGGCAAGCCGCUGAGCUAAAUCCCCAACCCCUCCCAUGGCCUUUCUUUUCCUUCGGAAUCUCUCUCUGCCUUCUUGCUUCUCCGGCAGUACCUGCAAGGUUUCAUUCCUCUCUCUCGAAAAAUAGUUGUCCUUGGGUCUCCUCAGGUCCCUCUCCAGGGCCCCUGCUCCGGGUUUACCUCCACCGCUUGUUUGCCUGUAACCUGAGGAUUAAGGCCAUUGGCACCUUUCUGACCCAUCGGUAUGGGACAGUGAAGGUGGGGAGGGCACCCACAUCUGUGCCCACCUCCACCCAGUGCUUUCUUCUCUGUGGCCACUUUGUCUAGUUGGGCAGGCAUGCCACACAUAGGGAGGCCAGUUGGGGGGUGGUGAGUGGGGACUGCAGUCUACCUGACAAUCUGCUCCCUAAGCCAUGGACCCUGGUUCAAGGCUACCCAUGCCUGGAAGAAAAGGGUGCCUGUAGAUUUUGCACAAAGGAGUGCUGCACCGGCCGUUCACCAACUGUCAAUCCACCCAAGCUAUCCAUUGACUGUCUCUUUCUGCCCACCUUCCCAUUCAACCCCCAUAAGCCCAUCCUUCUGUCUAUCCAUCCACCCAUGAACAGAUGUCAAAGUCAAACACAGACAGACCGAUAUGAUCUCUCUCCACCCCCACCCUCUAUUUUCCUCAAACCAGGACCUUGGGCCUUCCCCACUGGAUCCUGGACUCAGUGGGCCUCUCCCAACGUUAACCAUUCCUUGGGACACUGCCUGCCUCCUCUACUUCCAUCUCCAUUCUGCAGCC